AUGGAGAAACCCAAUAACGGCCAGGCACAUUUUGAGCCGUCCAAGCUUGUGCUUGGUAAGGUUGCUGCUGAACUAUUCGACACCGAUGUCGACUCCCUGGACUGGGACAAGUCUUUUAUUAUGUUAGGUGGUGAUUCCAUUCUAGCAAUCGACUUCAUCGUCAGGUGUCGUGACGCAGGCAUUGUGGUAGACAUGAAAGAUCUCUUGAUGGCUGGUACCUUAGCUCAACUUGCUGAAAGCGUAGCCCAACAAAACGCUGGAGCAGCCAACGGAGCAAAUGGCCACGCAAAUGGAAAUGGAAUGAAUGGGAAUGGGGUUCAUGACGAAGCUACCAUUCGAAAUGGUUCAGAUGACUCGGCUACAAGCGCCACCGCAGCUGGUCGUCGGUUGCGCUUCGCUACCAUGGAGAUACCCGAGAACACGGAUACCUCUAUCAUCCCGACCGCGAUGCAGCGCAUUGUUGAUAGACACUCAGCCCUACGUUCAAGUUGGUCUGUUCCAUCAACUGGCAAAUGGAUUCUUACAACAACCCCUGGAUCAGGCCUAAAGUCACGUCAAUUUUUUUAUGCAGAGUCUCCAGAGGCAAAGGAAGUGACAGAUGCAUUUGAAUUGCUGAGGGAUGCUCUGAUUUCUGGCGAAGCCCCUUCAUCAGGAUGUUUGGUAAUUCCUAGUGAUGCGCCAGGGUGCAGUCAUACCAUUGUCCUUGCUGCAGAUGCAAACGUUGUCGACGUCCUUUCUAUGCGGCUUAUACUGGGAGAAUUGCGCACCACUAUCAACGGAAACAAGCUCGAGCUCAGCUCUGACUUCCAAUUUAGCGAUUGGAUUGCUCAAGGAUGCCAGGGAUUAGAAGCGCAGGUCGAAAGAGCCAAUGCAACCAAGUCCAAUUCCACUAUCGAUACUGGCACCCUGAAACUCAAUGGCAACACUACUGGCACUGUUGAUUUUCAGCUAUCUCGCUUGGAAACCGAGAAACUCUUCGCAACGCAGACGCAUGCUACCUUGAGAACCAGCCCUGUAGAUAUUGUGAACGCCGCUGUUUCGGAAUCUCUUGGGCCACGUUAUCGAGACACGGGGACUAUCCUUACCAUCAGAUCUGCCUACAGUAUUCGUGAGGAACAAGAUAUACCCUUGAACUCGAUAGGAUGUUAUGAGGUUGAGACGGAAUUGGCUGCUCCAGCUCUAGAGUCGGGUGAGACUUUGGCGCAUGUGGUUCGCCAAAUGCGCGAUGCUCGUGCCGGAUCCUCUACAGAUUCUGGGUCUUCUGCCGUGAUUUACGUUGACUGUACGCGUCUUUGUCGUUUUGAAGAUGUCGAUUAUUCUCCGUGGCUCUCGGAUCCCACUCCCAAUCACUCUCCCUACGUAUCCCUGGCAAUGAUAGCCGGACAAGCACAUGUUUCAUUGCACUUCGGCAUUACUAGGCCUGAUGAUAAACUCAUUGCAGAUCGACUCAAGUCCUGUCUGAAUGAGACAGUGGAUGAGCUUGCAAAAGCUCCACGGAUGGGAACCCUCCACGACUUCCCUCUGGUUCGUUGGUCGUACUCCGCGCUGGAUGGGCUGGCGAGGGACUUGCGGACACACGGCUUAGCUUUUGACGACGUUGAGUCAAUUGGACCGUGUUCCUCAGUGCAAGAAAGCUUCUUUGUCAGCCAAGCUAUCAACCCAGGUUCAUACGUUAGCCAAGCCACUCUCAGGUUGCUGCCAACUUCUGCCAAUGUUCCGCGCCGGGUCGAAAUAGGGAAGGUUGCGAGGGCGUGGAGCGAUAUUGUUACAAGACAUGCGAUGCUAAGAACUGCAUUCGUGGAGAGCAAUGACCGACCUGGCAAGUUUGAUCAGCUCGUUCUCAAGCCUACGGCCUUGCCACCACGCCUGAUUGUCAUCCCCUCCUCAGCUGACACCAGCGUUAUUUCUGCCUUCACCACGGGGAAGUUUGAAAGCCCACUGCGGCUUUGCAUCUACCAGAUUAACGAUGAAGAGCUUCGACUCGAACUGGAAAUCUCUCACGCCCUAGUAGAUGGGCACUCUGCUAAGAUUUUGUUACACGACAUCCGUGCCAGCUAUCUGCAAUCUGCCCACUUCUCGCAGAACCUGCCGCUUCCAUACACGGUUUUUGCAUCCCGCCAGCAGGCCACCUUGAGCGAGGGCGAAGCAUCCGCGGGAGUUGCAUACUGGACGUCUUACCUGAACGAAGCUAGUGAAUCCCAUUUGCCCCUCAUCACUACCAACCCACAGUUGAAAGAUCUGGAAACAACUCGUUGCUCUGUGUCGAUACCUGAUGGAAGGCUGCGUGCAGUUUGUGGUAAACUCUCGAUCACUCCAGCCAAUCUAUUCCAUGUCGCAUGGGCGCUAGCCCUUCGACGCAUUAUCCUCUCCGAUAAAAUUACCUUUUCAUAUAUAGUCUCUGGACGCAACAGUGAUAUAGAUGGCGUCGAGGCGACGGUUGGGCCCUUCAUCAACACCUUGCCAUUUUCUCUGGCAUUGAACCCAGAGACCAGCGUUGCUGAUGCACUUGGGUCUGCAAUGCAAGAUUGGCAGAAUGGCUUGCAAUUUCAAAACAUACCGAUUGCUGACCUAGCCGCUGCAAAAACCCGAUCAUUGAAGAGGCUUGGAAACACAUUGCUCUCAAUUGAACGCGAGGGAUCGAACACGCAUCCAUUCACAGAAGGAACCUAUAUGAGCUUGGACGCAAGGACGAGCGCAGCAGACUUUGAUCUUGUUGCCAACGUCAGAUUCAAUGAAGAACGCAUCAAUUUGAGUGUCGAAUACUGGGCUUCUAGAAUAGCCAGUCCAGUUGCAAAGGCCCAGAUGGCGGCAUUCGAAGACGCAGUGACAUUCUUAUUAGAAGGAGUGGACUUGUCGAUCCGCGACUUUCCAAGUCAUAGUUCACAAGACCGAGCUGCGUUUAUCAAGUGGAACUCGGCCAAACCUGCACGUCUCGAGAGCUGCGUUCACGAUUUGGUUGUGAAAAAGAUGGCUGAACAGCCAGAAGCACUGGCAGUGAGUUCAUGGGACGGUGAGCUGACUUAUGGCGAGUUGGAACGCGCGAGUCGUCGACUGGCCUAUCACCUUGUCGAAAAAGGCGUGGGCCCAGAGGUUAUGGUCGGCAUGUGCAUGGAGAAGUCAAAGCUGGGUGUUGUCGCUAUGGUAGCCACACUUCUUGCAGGUGGCGGCUUGGUACCUCUUGGGGUGUCCCAUCCUCUGGCACGUAUUGAAGGUAUCGUCAAGGACGCGGCUUCGCCACUCAUACUCGUUGAUCGCGCCCACGAAGAGCGAUUAGCAGAGUUGGGUUCCUAUACAGAAUUAGUUGCCGUUGACUCUUUCUUUGACGAUGCGCCUUCGACCGAUAUACCGACUUCUGGUCCCUACACCUCCAUAGGGCCAGACAACGUGGCUUGGAUGAUAUUUACCUCGGGUAGUACAGGAAAGCCCAAGGGUGUCGUCCUUGAACACGGCUCCCUUGCUACUAGCAUCCUCUACCAUGGUCGCAGACUCGAUAUCCAAUCUUACGAUCGUCUUCUUCAGUUUGCAGCCUUCACUUUCGACGCUGCUAUUCAAGAAAUUAUAACAGCUCUUGCUUUUGGCGCGACAACCUGUAUUCCUUCCGAAAGCGACCGUAUGGACCGACUGUCAAACUAUCUUGCAGAGUCCAAGGUCACUAUCGCAACCUUGACAUCAACAGUGGCUGCAUUAGUUCGGCCGCAGGAGACUCCGACAGUCCGGACGAUAAUUCUAAUGGGCGAGGCCGUGCAAGCAAAGGUCGUUGAUCAAUGGAUAGAGCAUGCGACUGUCAUCAACGCUUAUGGGCCAUCGGAGUGUUGUAUUCAUUCAACCUGCAGACCAGUUACUGACAGCUCUGCUUCUUUGAAUAUCGGAACGGCUAUUGCUGGUGCGACUUGGGUUGUCAACCCGACCAAUAUCGGACAACUUGUGCCGUUGGGAGGUCAAGGAGAGCUUCUUCUUGAAGGUCCUCUACUUGCAAGAGGUUAUCUCAACGAUCCCGUGAAGACUGCCCAGGCUUUCGUGACCGACCCUGCCUUUGUUCAGGAACUUGGACUUGGCCAUGGUCAGCAUAGGAUGUACCGGACGGGAGACCUUGUGCAGCAGAACACGGACGGAACAUUAACAUAUCUAGGCCGCAUUGACUCGCAAAUCAAGAUCCGUGGUCAGCGCGUGGAGAUUGGUGAGAUUGAGUACCAUAUAGGAAAGCAGGGAGGUGUCCACGAUGCUGUCGUUCUCUAUAUGCGACAGGGACCCCUUGCCGGCCGUUUGGUCGCUGCCGUCAAUCUAGGCGAGUCCUCAUCGGUCGACCGCCCUCAAACCUCGGCCGUCCAGCGUGUUCCGGAGGAUCAGAUGGAGAAUGCUAGACUCCGCCUGCGUGAAGUGCAACACGGCUUGUCGCGGCAGGUGAUGCACUACAUGGUACCCAGUAUAUGGCUCCCUUUAUCAGCCAUGCCGAUGAAUCAGUCCGGAAAAACAGAUCGACGCGCCUUGACUGAUUGGAUACAAUCAUUAUCAUCCGAUGAUAUCGCAGCUCUAAGCAACGGUGGCGAUGCCGACGAUGUGGACGACACGUCGGCAACAGCUGUUGAACGGGAGCUACGACAAAUUUGGAGCGAAGUCUUGGAUGUUCCGCUGCGUAGCGUAACAUAUUCAAGCAGCUUCUUUAGUCUCGGCGGUGACUCAAUUACAGCGAUGCAAGUAGUCUCGGCCGGCCGGUCGCGUGGGAUCCUCAUAACCGUACGGAAAGUUCUCGACUGUCAGACAAUCCCCGAGCUGGCAGCCGAGGCACAGGCGACCCAGGAUUCGGAUUACGCAACUAUACCAGAGGGUGCAUUUGCACUGUCGCCAAUCCAACAGAUGUACUUUGAGAGUAUAGCGGCUGAUGGAAUUCGGGCUGACAAUGAGCAUUGCUUCAACCAAGGAGUCUUGCUUCACAUUACACGCCAAAUCACCUUGGCAGAGUUGACCCGAGCAUUGAACAUGGUUGUUGCGAAACAUGCUAUGCUUCGAGCCCGAUUCCAAUACAGCCAAGACCAGGGAUGGCAGCAACGGAUAGAGAAGGAGGUAACCGGUUCCUAUCGUCUUUGUACACAUGCAGCUGGAGAUGCAGAAAUGUCGGGGAUUGUUGCUCAGUCUCAGUCGACUCUCAAUAUAGAGCAUGGCCCGGUGUUCGCAGCUGAUCUUGUCGAAAGAGAGGAUAGGCAGGUCCUCCACCUCGUCGCCCACCACCUUGUUAUCGACCUUGUGUCUUGGCGUAUUCUGUUGCGAGACCUAGAGGAGGUAAUCAUCAAUCAAAAACUCCCAAAUCCAAGCAGCUUGUCAUUCCCAACAUGGUUAGAAAGACAAAAAGAAUCCCUUGAUAGGGUUUCGAAUGUGCUUGAUACAUUGCCUAUGACUGUACCGAAGACGAACUGGGACUAUUGGGGGCUUACACCCGGCCAGGAGACUUUCGGUAUCCGUUCCAGUACUCAGGCAAGGUGUGAUAUCGAAACCACCUCAUUACUUACCGGUGGCGCGAAUGUUCCUCUCAAAACCGAACCGGUCGAAAUAUUGUUAGCUGGUCUACUUCUGUCUUUUCAACAAGUCUUUACCGACAGAUCUGUGCCGGCUGUCUUUACUGAAGGACAUGGUCGUGAGGCUCCAGAUGACGGGACAGACUUGUCCGAGACUAUAGGCUGGUUCACAACAAUGAGCCCGAUUUUUGUUUCAUUCGGUGAACCUGUUAGUAGCAACAUGAUUGACGUUCUGAAACAGGUUAAGGAUCAGCGUCGACGCAUUCCUGGCCGUGGAGUUCCUUAUUUCGGCAGUCGCUUCUUGACUGCUCAAGGCAAGGAGCAAUUCGCAGGCCAUGGCCCGGCAGAGAUCAUGUUCAACUACACGGGACGCUUCCAGCAGCUUGAACGGGAUGAUGCCUUGUUUCAUUUUGAUAGAGACAAUGAUUCAAGCACCAUGUCACGAGCUGGUGGUCUAGUAAAGCUUUUUGCCGCGCUUGAUGUUGCCAUCACGAUAGAAGCAGGCGAGUUAUGCAUCACUGUUCAUUACAGCAAUGAAUCGCGAUUUCAAGCAGCUAUCCGAAGAUGGGUCGAAUUAUAUGGCCAAACCGUCAAGAGCUUAGUCGAGGAGUUGAAUACAGUGGAACCAGUGGCAACAGCAACGGAUUUUCCACUUGCUCGUCUUUCUGACAGCGACAUGGAAACCAUUGAAGGACAGUACCUGCCUACGAUAGGUCUCAAUUCCUCUGCUGAGAUUGAAGACAUUCUGCCCUGCUCGCCAAUCCAACAGGGUAUCCUGCUGACCCAACUUCAGUCGCCGUCAACCUAUUGUAUUUACCAGACAUGUCGUAUCGUACCAUCUGGUGACGAGCCUGUCAGUGUGGACCGGCUCAUUGCAGCUUGGAGAGAGGUUGUGUCUCGGCAUUCCAUCCUUCGGACUGUGCUCUUGGAGCCACUGCCCGGACAGGAGAACUUCAUCCAGAUCGUGUUAAGGCACCCUGAGAUUGGCAUUAUCAAGAAAGACGAUAUUGCAGAUGGAGGAACUGCUGCUGAGUGGCUUGAUUCACGACCGUCCUUGGACGUCUCAAUUCUCAACCGCCCUCCCCAUCUUCUCACUGUGCUGACAACGGUUUCUGGAGAAGUUUAUUGUCGAUUCGACAUUAGUCAUGCUCUGGUCGAUGCCUCCUCCGUGGCAUUAAUCAUGCGAGACCUCAUGGAUGUGUAUGAUGGCGAGAAGCUGCAGGCGCCUGUUAGUGGCUCUAAAUACAGUACUUAUGUUGCCUUCCUUCAAGGAAGAGACUCGCAGGAUGAUCUUCAGUACUGGAAAUCACUACUCCAAGAUGCCGAGCCGUGUCUUUUGCCCCCAAAUGAUCCAACUCACGGCACUGGCGAACAAGCAACUAUUAAGAAGGUAUCCGCCCGGAUUGAUGACAUUGGAAAACUUCACCAAUUCCGAGAUAAAUACGGUAUUUCUGUGGCCAGCAUAUUUCAAUUAUCGUGGGCCUUGGUUCUCGCGAUGCAAACUGGUUCACGAAAUGUCAGCUUUGGUAACUUGUCUAGUGGCCGUGAUGUACCAAUCUCAGGCGUGCAAGAGCUGGUAGGGCCAAUGAUCAACAUGCUCGUCUGUCAUAUAGACCUGAACUGGGGCGCAAGAGUCUCUGAGGUAGCUCGCAAGCUUCAGAGUCAAUCCACCGAGGCAUUCGAACAUCAGAGGACAUCCUUAGCAGCAAUUCAGCACGGGCUUGGUCUCUCGAGAAACCAACCACUUUUUAAUAGCACCUUGUCAUACAAAAGACAAGCAUCUACAAGCUCUGGGAGAGCAUCAGCCAUCACACUUGAAGGCCUGACCUGGGAGGACCCGACAGAAUACGAUGUCCACAUCAAUAUUGAAGCUUCCCCAACCAGCAUCGAUAUCAACAUGCAAUAUUCGACAGCAGCAUUUUCUGAAGCGACAACAGAGAAACUUCUUGAUAGUCUAGUGCAGGCCGUAAUUGCCGUCUGCAAUGAUGGAGACAGAACUCUUGGUCAGCUGAGACUGCUAUCGCCGGCUGAAGAGACGAAGUUACGUGCGUGGAAUUCCGUCAUCCCACCACGCAUCAAACGUUGCGUCCACGAGCUUGUGCUUGACAGGACCGUUAGCCAGCCAGAGGCAUUGGCCAUCAGCUCGUGGGAUGGAAAUCUCACCUAUGCCGAGCUGAACCACACAAGCUACCAACUGGCCCACCACCUGGUUGCUGAGAGAGGCAUAGGCCCUGAGGUGAUGGUUGGUCUGUGUAUGGAUAAAUCGAAAUGGGCAAUAGUGGCCAUGAUUGCCGUGCUGCGCGCUGGCGGUACUCUGGUACCUCUCGGCGUCCAAGAGCCACUCUCUCGAAUCCGACUAAUCACCGGAGAAACAGGCACACCUCUUGUCUUGGUUGACCGCAAACACGAGCAGCGACUGGCAAGGCUAGAUGAUACGCAUCUGUUCACGGUUGACUCUUUCUUCGAUGCUGCCUCUCCUAUUUCUAUGCUGCCAUCCUCCACUGAGCUGUCUCCUACGCAGCCUGGGCAUGCAGCUUGGGUCAUUUUCACAUCUGGCUCGACUGGCAAGCCCAAGGGCGUUGUACUUGAGCAUGGGUCUGUGGCAACAAGCAUACUUGCUCACGGUCCUGCAAUUGGUAUCCAAACCCAAGACAGAAUGUCGCAGUUUGCAGCGUAUACUUUUGAUGUAUCUAUUGCAGAGAUCAUGACAACGCUUACCUUUGGUGCAUGCGUUUGUGUACCCUCGGAAGACGAACGAACAAAUCGUCUCACCCACUUCCUAUCAGAAUCAAAGGUGUCUAUCGCUACGUUGACGUCGACUGUAGCAGCACUUGUUCAACCGGACAAAACACCAACGAUUCGGACGUUAGUCUUGACAGGUGAAGCUGUUCAGUCCAAGGUUGUUGAUCAAUGGAUACAUCAAGCCACUGUCAUCAACGCAUACGGUCCUGCUGAAAGCUCCAUCUGGACCACAGGUAAGAUAAUCAAGAACUCUCUGGAUGCCACUAACAUAGGAACGCCACUCGCCGGCGCCUUCUGGGUCGUCAACCCGGAUAGCGUUGGACAGCUGGUUCACAUUGGUGAACUUCUCAUCGAAUCGCCUUUAUUAGCACGCGGAUACUUAAACGACCCAACAAAGACCGCGGCAUCAUUCAUCACAAAUCCGGAGUUUCUGAAAGAUCUUGGCCUCGAUACCGGCUCCAGACGCAUGUACCGUACUGGUGAUCUUGUCCAGCAAAAUCAAGAUGGGACAAUCACUUACCUCGGACGUCGAGAUACCCAGGUCAAGAUUCGCGGCCAACGUGUCGAGAUUGGGGAAAUAGAGUAUCACUUACGUCGGCAAGCAGGAAUGCUCGACGCAGUGGUCCUAUACAUGAAGCAAGGUGCUCUGGCUGGGCGACUCAUUGCGUUUAUCGUCUCAUCUGAUAUGUCGGUAACCCGUCAUGAUCAGAGACAGCCGCAAUCCAGUGCCAAUAUCCAGCGCGUUCCCGAUGAGCAAAACGAAACCGCUGAUAUCUGGUUGAAAGAUGUUCAACAGAAUCUUUCCCAGCUGGUAAUGCAUUAUAUGAUGCCGAGUGUCUGGAUUCGCUUGUUAAAUAUCCCUAUAAACGCAUCAGGCAAGACCGAUCGUCUUGGACUUUUGCGGUGGGUCGAGUCUUUGUCUACAGAGGACACUGCGGUGUUGACUGGCGCGGGAGCGAUUGAAGGGGAGGAUGUUGAUGAAUCGUCCGCCACAACGAUUGAGCGAGAACUGCGACAGAUUUGGAGCGAGGUUCUCGACGUACCGAUCUCUCGCGUGACAUACUCAACCAACUUCUUCAGUCUCGGAGGAGACUCAAUUACGGCUAUGCAAGUGGUGUCCGCUUGUAGGGCUCGCGGUAUACUCGUAACCGUCCGUAAGGUCCUGGACUGCCAAACGAUCCCUGAAUUGGCAGCCAGCUCCCACACGGGCCGAGAGGAUGCAGCUCAUUUGGCAAGAAUUCCAGACGGCGUCUUCGGGCUAUCACCAAUCCAGCAGAUGUUCUUUGACGAAAUUGCAGGAGAUGGUCUUCGUGCCGAUAUGGACUACCGCUUCAAUCAGGCUGUUUCACUAUACACUACACAACGGGUCGAGAAAGCAGACUUGACCUGGGCUAUUAAUGCUCUCGUCUCUAAGCACGCCAUGCUUAGAGCCCGUUUUCGCUACAGUCAGGACAAUGCUUGGAAACAGUGGAUAGAGAAGGAUAUUGCUGGGAGCUACCGCUUCCAGGAUCAUACAGUGGUGGACGUCGAGCUGAUGCAGCAUGUCAUUGAGAAAUCACAAGCCAGUCUUAAUCUGGAGCAUGGCCCAGUCUUUGCAGUCGACUUCAUUGAAAGACAAGACAGACAGGGUAGACAGGUCUUGCACCUUGUUGCUCAUCAUCUUGUUGUUGAUCUGGUUUCAUGGCGCAUUUUGAUACGAGAUCUGGAAGAACUCUUGGUUCAUCACAAGCUCCCGAACCCAACGAGCCUCUCUUUCCCUGUGUGGCUAGAGCGUCAACAAGACGCAUUGAACAAGCUCAUGAACGAGACAGAAGAGGGAGCAAAUAAAUCAUUGUCAAAGACCUUGCCGGUAGCAGUGCCAAAUUCAAACUGGGACUACUGGGGUCUUGUUCCCGGUGAAGACAUCUACGCCAGCCUUUCUACUAUUGAGAUCAAGUGUGACUCUGUCACGGCUUCAUUAUUGUCAGGCAAUGCCAACAUUGCUCUCAAGACCGAGCCCGUUGACAUUCUGCUUGCUGCCCUCAUCAGUUCCUUCCAAGAUGUCUUUACAGAUCGUCCUAUGCCUGCUGUUUUUACUGAAGGACACGGUCGUGAAACUGAGGAGGAAGAAAUUGACCUUUCUGACACGGUUAGUUGGUUUACUACGAUGGUUCCAGUUCACGUACCACAAGGAGCUUCCAAAAACAGUAUUGAAGUACUCAGGAAUGUCAAGGACCAACGCCGACGUCUUCCUAGCAAAGGCUUGCCCUACUUUGGUAGCCGUUACCUGACAAGUCGCGGGCGAGAUAAGUUCGCCAGUCACGGCCCCGCCGAGAUCAUCUUCAACUAUCUGGGACGUUUCCAACAACUAGAACGAGAAGACGCUCUCUUCCAUAUCGAGGAUGAUGACACGAGUGCAUCCUCCCAGUUUGGCCCUCUAGUCAAGCUCUUUUCUGUACUUGAUGUUUCUGUUACAGUUGAGGCAGGACAACUCUCGAUCAAAGUCCGCUUUAGCCGUAACUCACGACACCAGUCUGCAAUUAAGCAAUGGGUGAAAUUGUAUGGAGAUACAGUGAAGACUCUGGUCGAGGAGCUCUCUAUGACACCUCUUACACUUACAGCGACUGAUUUUCCACUCGCCCGACUAUCCGACACUGACUGGGAACUGAUCGAAGGGCAGUAUCUGAAGACAGAGAUGGGGCUCUCAUCUACCAAGGAAGUUGAAGAUAUCCUCCCUUGUUCAGCUAUACAGCAAGGUAUCCUGCUUACUCAACUUCAAUCCCCCUCGACCUACUGUAUCCAUCAAACUUGCCGCAUCCUGCCGACCGACCAUACGCGCCCUGUUGAUAUCCAGCGUCUUAUUGCAGCUUGGCACCAAGUUGUAGCGCGACACUCGAUUCUUAGGUCGGUUUUGGUAGAGCCGUUACCUGCCCAGGAGAAGUUUCUUCAGAUCGUCCUAAAGAAACCACAUAUCGACAUCCAGAUCGCGGAUGGAGAGAAUAUCAGAGAUGAGGACGCGGUUGACUGGCUCGCUUCGCAAUCAACGCUUGACAUUACGAGAUUGGGCCGUCCUCCUCACCGCCUGAUAAUCCUGAAGACGAAUACAGCCAAUGUUUACUGUCGUUUUGAUGUCAGCCACGCUCUGGUAGACGCUUCGUCAGUGGCACUCAUCUUGCGUGAUCUCAUUGCCGGAUAUGAGGGUGAGCUUGGAUCCAGUGGCGGCUCUAACUAUAGUACCUAUGUCGCUUUCCUUGAGGGCAGACAGCAGCACAACGACCUCCAAUAUUGGAAAUCUUUACUGGCUGGUGCUGAACCUUGCCUCUUGCCCCCGCAACAACCAGUAGAUGAAGCUAGCCAGGCACAACUUGGCCAUAUCAUCGACCGACUUGAUGACAUUACGACGGUUCACCGAUUUCGUGAUAAAUACAAUGUCUCCAUUGCUAGUAUCUGUCAACUGUCCUGGGCAUUGGUCCUGGCAAACUGGACGGGAUCACGUAACAUCAGCUUCGGCAAUCUUUCGAGUGGUCGCGAUGUUCCCAUUCCUGGCGUUCAAGAACUAGUUGGACCUAUGAUCAACAUGCUUGUCUGUCAUUUAUACUUAGAUUGGAAUGCAUCGACAACGAUUGGCGACAUGGCUCGAAAGCUACAAAGCCAAUCCACCGAAGCUUUCGAGCAUCAGAGAGCAUCGCUAGCAUCUAUCCAACACGAGCUAGGCUUUUCGAAAGACCAGCCACUGUUUAACAGCACGAUUUCAUACAGACGUCAAGCCUUAACUUCACCUGACGCCAAGCCAGCAGAAAUCAGACUUGAAGCUGUCGUCUCAGUGGAUCCAACAGAGUAUGAUGUACAUGUCAACAUCGAUGCCUCUUCAACAAGCCUCGAGUUCAAUCUUCAAUACUCGACUGCAGUUCUCUCCGAAGCAGCGGCUACAAGGCUCGUCGAGAGUCUAGUGCAAGCUGUCCGCAUUGUGUCCGAGAACGUAGAUCGACCACUACGGCAGCUUACAAGCAGUCUACUGCCUGUUGGUGAUAAAUUGCAGCUACAAGAAUGGAACUCGGCUGUGGCCCUGCCUGUCCAACGUUGCGUGCACGAAUUGGUCUCAGAUCAAAUUUCCACUAUACCUGAAUCGCUUGCUAUCAGCUCGUGGGAUGGAGAUAUGACAUAUCAUCAGUUAGGUGAGACUAGCCGCAGACUGGCUUCCUACCUAGUUGAGCAAGGUGUAGGUCCUGAGACAAAGGUCGGCUUAUGCUUGGACAAGUCAAAAUGGGCAAUUGUCAGUAUGCUCGCGGUACUGUUCGCUGGAGGUGUCGUUGUCCCUCUUGGCGCCAAACACCCAGUCAGCCGGAUCAGAAGCAUCGUCGAGGAUACGACCGCCCCAAUCGUUCUUGUCGAUGACAUCCACGAGACGAGACUAGCACCCUUAACAUCCCAUACACAGCUUCUCUCCGUUGAAUCCUUUUUCCGAACAUCUAAGCCAGUGUCUCUCCGAUCUGGAAAGUCGACUGUACGACCUGAAGAUCCAGCUUGGAUCAUCUACACUUCCGGAAGCUCAGGAGUCCCCAAGGGUGUCGUCCUCCAACAUAACGCCCUCGCAACAAGUAUACUUGCCCAUGGGCCAGCAAUUGGCGUACAACCAUUCGAUCGGCUGUCGCAAUUUGCAGCUUACACUUUUGAUGUCUCUAUUGCAGAGAUUAUAACCGCACUCUCAUUUGGCGCGUGUGUCUGCGUUCCUUCAGAGCAGGACCGUAUGGAACGACUUCCAUCUUUCUUGAAGGAUGCAAAUGUUACCAUAGCAACUCUAACAUCGACCGUUGCGGCACUUAUUCAGGAGGACAUUCCUACAAUACGAACAAUGGUUCUGACUGGUGAAGCUGUUCAAUCAAAGGUGGUUGAUCGAUGGGUACAACAAGCAACUGUAGUAAACGCAUACGGCCCCUCCGAAAGUUCUAUCUGGGCAUCUUACAACAUAGUUCAAAGUGGUACAGACGCUCUGAACAUUGGCAAACCCCUCGCCGGUACCUUUUGGGUCGCUAACCCGGAUAAUACCGGGCAGUUGGUGGUUCGUGGAGCACCAGGAGAGCUGCUUAUCGAAGGCCCCUUGUUGGCGAGGGAGUAUCUGAAUGACCCUGAUAAGACCUCGACAGCCUUUGUGUCAGAUCCUGCGUUUAUGCAAGAGCUAGAACUUACCCCAGGCCGGCGUUUAUAUCGCACUGGUGACCUAGUACGACAGAACGAGGAUUCUACACUUACUUAUCUGGGCCGUAUUGAUAGCCAGAUCAAGAUUCGAGGCCAGAGAGUAGAGGUCGCUGAGAUUGAGAGUCAGAUUGUUCGAUUACUUCCAGGAGCGCGGGAGGCUCUUGUCGACUUGGUCCGCCCAGAAGGCGAAGUGCACGAUGGACCGCUUAUCCUGGUAGCUGUCAUCGAGCAUUCUGAUGCUAGCCCCUUCCUCGACGGCGAGGUGUUCAGUCUUUCUGACACUGCGCAAAUUCCAGACACCGCACUCGAGGCGCUAGGAAAACUAGACAACGACCUCAGUGACGUCCUCCCUCCUUACAUGGUACCUGCAGCAUUCCUGCUAGUGUCUAAGCUCCCUAUCAACGCUUCUGGUAAACUUGAUCGUCGUACCGUUCGGCAACAAUUGCAAUCCACAUCCCGUGACACGAUCGUCAGGUUCUCGGGCUCCAGAGAUUCGAUUAAAGCGGCACCUACUACUGAUCUGGAACUGAAACUACAGACUCUCUAUUCUACGUCAUUGGGACUUGUUCCAGAAGCUAUUGGAACUAAUGACUCUUUCUUCAAACUCGGCGGAGACUCAGUCGCGGCCAUGAAGCUGACCGCUAUGGCUCGUGCUCAGAACGUUUCCAUCUCGGUAGCCGAUAUCUUCCGCUGGCCCCGUCUGGCAGAUUUGUCAAGAGUCAUAGAGGAGAAGUACAGUCACGAUAUUAGACCCCUGGGCAAAGAUCCAGCUCCUUUCAGCCUGUGGCCGGACCUGGCGAAGACGACUCAGGCCGAAAUUCAGACCGACAGCCACAACAACACACGACAAGCACGACUAUUGCAAGAUAUCGCUACGCAAUGUGAUAUAUCUGCUAAUCAAAUUAAGGAUAUCUAUCCAUGCAGCCCAAUGCAAGCCGGUCUGAUGGCUAUUACCGCACAACGUCCCGAGGCUUACGUUAUUCAACGGGUGUUCAAGCUACAUGACGAUCUACCCACUCAACAGCUCCAGGCUGCAUGGACAAGUCUGACUGAUAAGCUCUCUAUUUUGCGCACUCGAAUCAUACCUUCGGCUUCGGCACAGGCCGAUGCUCUGCAGGUUGUGAUACAAGAAGCCCCUGUCUGGCAAGAGUGUAAAUCACUAGAGGUCUACUUGGCCAAGGACCGGGCCAUUCCCAUUACUUAUGGCCGAGCGCUCAGUCGUACAGCGGUUGUUGACGAUCCCGCUGGUCGUUAUUUUGUAUGGACAGUGCACCACAGUGUAUACGAUGGUUGGAGUGUUGCAAGGACAAUGGAAAUGCUCACACAACUAUUGAGUGGACAGUCGACGUUCUCCCCGGCACCAGUUUCACGUUUCAUCAACUAUCUAGUCCAACAAGACAAGGAUCAAAUCGCAGAUUUUUGGAAAGAACAUUUCAAAGGUGCGAACUGGGUUCGCUAUCCAGCCAUAUCGUCGCCACAAUACCAGGCCAAGCCGCGCGAUACAUUGCAGAGUCAAAUACGUGUCAACCUUGAGACAGGCGGCCCUGCAACAAUGUCCACACUUCUUCGAGCUGCUUGGGCCCUGUUGGUUGCUACGAAUACGGGUGCCAAUGAUGCAGCUAUCAAUGUUGUCCUCUCCGGUCGUAUGGCACCUAUAGAUGCAGUGAUGGACGUUAUUAGUCCACUUGUCACUACUGUUCCAUUUUACGUAUCUACCUCCAGAGAGCAGUCUGUACGUGCCUUCCUCGAGACAAUUCACCAUCGAGCUACAGAAAUGAUCCCGUACGAGCACACUGGUCUACAGAACAUCAGGGCCAUUGUUCCUGGUUUAGGAUCAGAGUUUGAUCCGGGCCAUACAUUUGUUGUUCAACCUGCCGGAGAGAGUGAGUCCGCAGACUUACCGAUGUUCAAAAUGGAUGCCCAACGCGAUGCUACUUCAUUGGAUGCAUUCGAUGCCUACGCAUUGACAGUUGAAUGCACGGUAGGCGGUCAAAACCCAGGUGAUGUGACAAUCGAAGUGCGUUAUGAUCGUUCUGUUCUUGCAGUCGACACCGCGCAACACUUGGUUUCCCAGUUCGCGCAUAUAGUUCAGCAAUUGGCACAAAACGCAGAGACAGACAAGCCACUUGCAGAGCUUCAAUUACUCACCGAUGAGGAUUGUUCCCAGCUCCGUGAAUGGAACUCGGUUGUGCCGCCACGUCUCGAGCGCUGUCUUCACGACUUGAUACUUGAGACAAUGACUAGCCACCCCACGGCGCCAGCUAUUUCUGCAUGGGAUGGUGAAAUGACAUACGGCGAGUUGAACAACGCCAGCCAAUACUUAGCCUACCAUCUUAUUGAUCAAGGAAUCGGCCCGGAAGUGAUGGUCGGCCUCUGUAUGGAUAAGUCCAGAUGGGCCGUGGUGGCUGUACUGGCUGUCCUUCGCGCAGGCGGCGUCGUCGUUCCGUUGGGAAUCCAACAACCCCUUUUACGAAUUGAAGGAAUCAUACAGGAUACAUCCAGUCCACUUAUUCUAGUUGACCGAAGUCAAGAACAUCGGCUGGCUCCACUGUCUGAACGUGCAUCUCUCUUCGCCGUCAACUCUUUCUUUGACGCGGCCCCGACUCCAUGGACGAAGCGCGACUCAUCCGCUAAGUCACUUCCAUCUGUGAAGCCUGAUCACAGUGCUUAUGUCAUAUUCACAUCAGGUUCAACUGGCGUUCCCAAGGGCAUUGUCCUUGAGCAUGGUGCCCUUGCAACAAGCAUUAUCGCCCAUGGAACCGAGUUCGGCAUGGACAUCAAGGCUUGUGACCGAGUGCUGCAAUUCGCAGCGUAUACCUUCGAUGUUGCCAUUCAAGACAUCAUCGCAACGUUAUCUUUUGGUGCGUGCCUCUGCAUACCAUCUGAACAUGAUCGAAUGAACCGGCUGGUGCCGUAUAUAUCGGAAGCGAAGGUCACUUUAGCUAUCUUGACGCCGACCGUAGCUACGUUGAUCCAGCCACAAGAUGCCCCUUCAAUCCGAACAUUGAUCUUAGGAGGCGAAGCUCUCCCAGCAAAGGUUGUUGAUCAAUGGAUAGAUCACGCCAACAUCAUCAAUGGCUACGGUCCCUCAGAAUGCUGCAUCCAUUCUACAUGUCAUAAGGUUCAGCACAGUUCAGAAGCCUCGAUCAUAGGAUGGGGAAUUACCGCCAGAACCUGGGUUGUUAAUUCUUCUAAUUCUGAUCAACUUGUCCCCAUUGGGGCCAUCGGGGAGUUGAUUAUCGAAGGACCAUUGCUAGCUAGGGGAUAUCUGAACGAUCCCUUGAAGACGGCAAAUUCAUUUAUAACGGAUCCCGCGUUUAUUCAACAGCUUGGCAUCAGUCCAAAUCGCCGCAUGUACCGCACGGGCGACUUGGUGCAACAGAAUAUGGAUGGCUCGCUGGUCUACCUAGGUCGCAGAGAUACGCAAGUCAAGAUCCGUGGUCAACGCGUGGAGGUUGGUGAGAUCGAAAGCCAUAUCAUGGAUCUAUUACCAAAUGCCCGUGAGGCCAUUGUUGAUGUGAUACAGGCAGCAGUCGAGGACCAGGAUGUGUCACCGAUUCUAGUGGCCGUCAUUGAGACUGAUAUUUCCGAGACUGAAGCUUUUACUUCAGACGCAAGAUUGGAGCUCUACAGUCCGUCACAGAUCACCCAGAAUAUGCGCGAAGGACUAGACGAACUUGAUAACAAUCUUGGCCUAGUUUUACCAGCUUACAUGGUCCCAACCGUAUAUCUACUGGCAUCGAUGAUUCCUCUUAACGCAUCUGGCAAACUUGACCGGCGUGCAGUCAGGGAUCACCUGAUGUCGCUUCCCCGCGAUGUGUUAAGCAACUUCUCUGGCCUUGCCAACAGCAAACAGAUGCCAACUACCCCUAUGGAGCAAAAGCUGCAGACUCUAUAUACAUCAGCACUUAUGCUCAAUCCUGAGGCAGUUGGUAUCAAUGACUCGUUCUUCCGACUUGGCGGAGACUCUGUUGCAGCUAUGAAGUUGACGGCUGCGGCUCAUGCCCAGGGUAUCCCUCUUUCUGUUGCUGAUAUAUUCCGAUGGCCUCGGCUCGUGGAUCUAGCAGAAGCCAUGGAUGAGAAAGGCGGCCACGAAUCUAGCUAUGCAAACGAAAAAGACCCGGAGCCGUUCAGUCUUUGGCCAGAGCUUCAGGCAAGUGUUAAGGAAAGAUCGCGACUUCUGGCAGAUGUUGCAGUGCAAUGUGAUGUAUCCGUCAAUAAGAUCGAGGAUGUAUACCCUUGUAGUCCAUUACAAGCUGGUUUGAUGACUAUCACGGCACAACGUCCCGAAGCUUACGUUGUUCAACGCGUCUUCAAGCUGCAAGGAGGCAUCUCUACGCAGAGGGUGAAGGCCGCGUGGGCACAACUCAUCAAUGACCUUCCCAUCUUGCGAACUCGUAUCAUUCCGUCUGUUCAAGCAACAGCGUUGCAGGUUGUACUACGAGAAAUGCCUAUUUGGCAAGCCGGGGUUUCGCUAGAAGACUAUCUCACUGCCGAUCGAGCUACUCCUAUGACAUACGGUGGUGCUCUAAGCCGUGCAGCAAUUCUCGAGGAUGGAAGCCAUCGUCACUUCGCAUGGACAGUUCAUCAUAGCAUCUACGACGGCUGGAGCAUGGCAAAGACGAUGGAAAUGUUUGAAGGGUUAUUAAGCGGUAGCAUGCUCUCGCAUCCAGUGGCAGUUCCAGUCUCCCGCUUUAUUGGUUACCUGGCCGAGAAAGAUAAGGACCAGACAGCGAUGUUCUGGCAAAAGCACCUUGAGGGAGCGAAUUGGACCCGUUACCCCGAGUUACCAUCUCAGCAACACGCCAUCAAUCCACGAAGUACAUCACACAGGCAUCUUCGAAUCCCAACUACAGUGGGAUCGACAACAUCCAUUGUGCUACGCGCUGCUUGGGCACUCCUGGUUGCCUCCAACACGGGUGCUGAUCAAGCAGUCAUCAACGUCGUGCUCUCAGGCCGUUCAGCCCCCGUGAAGGACCUCCUGCAUCUCAUGGCGCCCACAAUUACCACUGUUCCUUUCCACGUUUCUACCUCAUCAAGUCAAUCAGUGCGCGAUUUCCUUGCCAACAUACAAAAUCAAGCCACCGAGAUGAUCCCACAUGAACAUACUGGCCUCCAAAACAUCAGGCGUAUGGUUCCCAGUCUUGGACCUGAUUUCGACCCCGGUCAUAUCUUCGUAGUUCAGCCGGCUGCAGAAAUGGAGUCGACGGUCGCGAGUUCCCACCUGGAAAUCGAGCACGAAGCUAGUUCCAUGGAUGCUUUCCACGCUCAAGCACUAACAAUUGAGUGUACCGUGGGACAAGACACAAGGGAUGUUGAAGUCGAAUUGCGCUUUGACGACGCAGUCAUUACCACCAAUGAUGCAGAGCAGUUACUCGAUCAAUUCAACCAUCUCGUUCAACAGCUCGCGCAAAAUGCAGACAAUAAUCUGCCACUUGAUCGUCUUCAACUUCUUUCACCAGAUCAAAUGGCCCAGAUAUGCAAAUGGAAUUCUUCCAUUCCAUCACGAGUCGAUCGUUGUAUUCAUGAGUUAGUGGUGGAUCAAAUGACCGCUCGGCCAGCAGCGACAGCCGUUACUGCCUGGGACGGCGACUUCACUUACAGACAGUUGGAUGAUCUCAGUCGCCAGCUAGUCCUCCACUUGAUCGAAAUAGGCAUCGGUCAGGAAGUUAUGGUUGGCGUGUGUAUGAGCAAGUCGAAGUGGGCAGUAGUGGCAAUGCUGGCGGUCUUAAGAGCAGGUGGUGUUGUCGUUCCUCUUGGAACACGCCAACCGCUGAGUCGUAUUGAAGCUAUUCUUACUGAUACGGCCGCACCCCUCAUCCUGACCGACCGUCCUCAGGAGCAACAGUUGAAAGGACUGCGGGCACAUACACAGCUUCUUGUUGUCGAGUCCUUCUUUGACAGAACAGCGGAACCAGCGCAAAAUACUGAGCUCCAUGUGCUCGCAAGACCUAAUAACGCGGCUUGGGUUAUCUACACAUCAGGCUCAACCGGAACGCCGAAGGGAGUUGUUCUCGAACACGGUGCUCUAGCAACCAGCAUCCUUGGUCACGGAAAGGCAUAUGGCUUACAGACCGAUGACCGUAUACUUCAGUUCGCGGCUUACACCUUCGAUGCCGCUAUCCAAGAGAUGAUGACUACACUUGCAUUUGGAGCUUGCAUUUGUAUCCCAUCUGAACAGGAUCGUGUCGAACGUCUCACAUCAUUCGUCGCAGAGAAUCAAAUUACUAUGGCAACUCUAACGUCAACCGUAGCUGCACUCGUCCGACCUCAGGAGACCCCGACAGUAAGAACAAUCAUAUUGGUUGGUGAAGCUGUUCAGGCAAACGUUGUAGACCAGUGGUUACAACAGGCCACGGUGAUCAAUGGAUAUGGACCAUCUGAAUGCUCAAUUGCCUCAACAUGCAGGGAGAUCCGGAAUAGUUCGUCGGCGUUGAAUAUUGGAACUGCCAUUGCGGGUGGUCUCUGGGUUGUGAGACCUUCCAGUACUGAACUCGCUGCUUUUGGCAGUCCAGGUGAACUACUUAUUGACGGGCCUCUGCUGGCACGCGGAUACUUGAAUGACCCUACCAAAACAGCAGCCGCUUUUAUCACGGAUGCUGGUUUUCUUAAAGAGCUGGGUCUUUUCAGUCGCCGCCUCUAUCGCACCGGCGAUCUUGUACAACAGAACCGGGACGGCUCUCUUACCUACCUUGGCCGCAUCGAUACACAGAUCAAAAUCCGCGGCCAGCGUGUAGAAAUUGGAGAGAUUGAAAGCCAAAUCGAGAAGCACUCCACCGUUCGAGAUGCAGUUGUCCUUUUUCCACGCCAAGGACCUCUCGCCAAUCGUCUUGUCGCGACUGUUGUACUGGGUGAAACCUCUACAGGUGCUCAAAGCACAGCCAUCCAACAAAUCUCUAAAGAGCACGAGGGCUAUGCCAACAUACAGUUCCAUGAGCUCCAACACAUCUUAUCGGACAAGCUCGUCUACUACAUGAUCCCGAGCGUUUGGAUUCCGUUGGCAGCUCUGCCGGUGAAUAUGUCGGGGAAGACUGAUCGACUUGCCAUCUCGCGAUGGGUCCAGUCCUUGACAGAGGACGAGAUCACAGCCCUCACAUCCAAGAAUACUGAGCACAUUGACGAGGGGUCAGCAACAGCGGUCGAGAGGCAGCUGCGGCAGAUCUGGAGCGAAGUGCUGGACGUUUCACUCCACAAAAUUACAUACACAACGACCAAGUUCUUCAGUCUUGGUGGAGACUCAAUCACUGCAAUGCAGGUAGUUUCUGCUUGUCGAGCUCGUGGUAUUUUAGUCACUGUGCGCAAGGUUCUAGAUCACCAGACUAUCCGAGAGCUCGCAACCCAGACACAAACAACCGAGGAUACAAGUUCGAUAACAAAGAUACCAGAAGGCAACUUUCAGCUUUCGCCGAUCCAGCAAAUGUAUUUCGAGGAUAUUGCGCCGGGCGGAAUCCGCGCUGACGGAGAAUAUCGUUUCAAUCAAGGAGUGUCACUCCAUGUUACACGUCAGCUAGAGUGGGAAGACCUUUCCCGGGCUCUCGAUGCGAUUGUAUCAAAGCAUGCCAUGCUUCGAGCCCGUUUCGGUCACAGUCAGAAUGGCUGGCACCAAUGGGUGGAAAAGCAGGUACCUGAUUCUUAUCGUCUUCGCAAACACACAGCCAGCGACGCACACUCUAUGCAGAAUAUUAUCGAACAUUCACAGGCCUCGUUGGAUCUUGAGCGUGGCCCGGUUUUUGCAGCCGACUUAAUCCAUCGUCAGGAUGUACAGAAGGAGGAUGGACAAGAAGGGCAGGUCCUUCAUUUUGUCGCCCAUCAUCUCGUUAUCGAUCUCAUGUCUUGGCGUAUUCUGCUUCAAGAUCUUGAGACCCUUUUGGUGUAUGACCAGCAAUUGAAGAUGGAUAUCUUAUCUUUCCCUUCGUGGUUGGAGCGCCAGCGCCAGUCGCUGAGCAAAUCCUUGAACAGCAAUAUUGACACCUUGCCUGUAACUAUACCCGAUGCCAAUUGGGAGUACUGGGGACUGGUUCCUCGCCAGGAAAGAUCUGCCAAUCUCAUCAACAUCCAGACCAAGUGCGAUCCUGCCACAACUUCGAUUCUUCUCUCCGACGCUGCCAAUUCCGCCCUCAAAACGGAGCCAGUGGAAAUACUACUGGCGGCGUUCUAUCACUCUUUCAGGGAGCACUUUAGUGACCGACCUGUGCCGCCCAUCUUUACCGAAGGACACGGUCGAGAGGCCAUGGAUGGCGAGACGAACUUGACUGAGACUGUCGGUUGGUUUACAACGCUCUCGCCAAUUUACAUCCCGCCAAGUGAAGACAACAAAAAGGCUAUCGAUGUCCUUCGACAAUUGAAAGACCAACGCCGACGCAUCCCUGGUCGUGGAAUGCCUUACUUUGCCAGUCGAUUCCUCACUCCUGAGGGUCGAGAAAGAUAUGCUGAUCACGGUCCAGCUGAGAUUGUCUUCAACUAUCUUGGAAGAUUUCAACAACUCGAGCGAGAAGAUGCUCUAUUCCGCAUCGAUAAUGGCGAUGAUGCAACUGGCGUAGCCCCCGUCGGGAGUCUCGUGAACAUUUCCGCUGUGCUUGACAUUUCCGCCACUGUGCAGGGAGGGGAGCUUUGUGUAAGCAUUCGCUUCAAUCCGAAGACAAAGCAUCAGACGACCAUACGACAAUGGGCUCAAUCUUACAGCUCUGCUGUCAAAAGUCUUGCCGAGGAGUUAGCCACAAUCACACCAAGAGUAACAGCAACCGACUUCCCACUUGCACGCCUCUCCGAUAGCGAUAUGUCAUUGAUUGAGAACCAAUAUCUCACCGCCAUGGGAGUCUCAUCCGGUCAGGUUCAAGACAUUCUUCCAUGUUCGCCAAUUCAACAGGGCAUCCUCCUUACACAGAUGCAACUACCUCGGGCUUAUCUCAUCUACCAAACGUGUCGAAUUACACCAUCAAACCAUGACCGUCCAGUCGCUGUAGAUCGACUGAUCAAAGCAUGGAAGCAGGUUGUUGCUCGCCAUUCAGUGUUGAGGACUGUAUUAAUGGAACCACUUCCCAAUCAGGAGAAGUUCGUUCAAAUUGUUCUCAUUGAUCCUGAAAUAGAUGUUGUCUGUGUAGACGGCGUCUUAGAUGAGGAAGCCACCCAGUGGUUUGAAGCACAGUCUCAACUUGACACAUCCGAUCGACGUCGCCCUCCCCAUCGUCUCACAACGUUGGCAACAACUUCGGGCGAGAUUUACUGCCGCUUCGACAUCAAUCACGCGCUUGUGGAUGCCUCGUCAAUGACACUUAUUAUCCGCGACCUCAUCGAUGCCUACGGGAAUGGAUUCACAACAGGUGGAUCCAACUACAGCUCCUACAUCCAAUUUCUCGAGAGCAAGCAUCAACAGGACGACCUUCAAUAUUGGAAGUCAGCACUUCAUAAUGCCGAGCCAUGUCUUCUGCCGCCGCAAGAUCCAGCGCAAAGUGACAGGCAUGGCAAAAUUCUCUCCGUCUCCAAACGAAUCGAAGAUCUUACCAUGCUGAACACCUUCAGGGAUACGCAUGGCGUGUCAAUUGCAAGCAUCUGCCAGCUGGCUUGGUCUGUAGUACUAGCCAGCUGGACGAAUUCGCAGAACAUCAGCUUUGGCAACCUCUCGAGCGGCCGUGAUGCACCAAUCCCAGGUGUCCAAGAACUAGUUGGGCCGAUGAUCAACAUGUUAGUGUGUCACUUGCAGCUGGAUUGGACCUCAACUGUGUCAGAUGCGGCUCGCAGGUUACAAAGCCAAUCUGCCGAGGCAUUUGAGCACCAAGGAGUAUCACUUGCCGCUAUCCAGCACGAACUUGGUCUUUCAAGAGGCCAACCAUUAUUCAACAGUAUCCUCUCUUACAAGAGGCAAGUACCAACCGGUUCCGGUACUGCUGAGAUCAUCUUUGAGGGCUUGGACUCAGAGGACCCAACAGAGUACGACAUCAAUAUCCACGUUGUUGCGUCACCCACCGAUCUUGAGUUCGACAUCCUGUACUCGACUACAUUGCUCUCCGAGUCAGCAGCAUCCAGACUGGCCGAUAGCUUGAUACAAGCUGUUCGUGCUAUAUCCGAAAACGCGAGUCACCAACUUGGACAGCUGAGUCUGCUGCCUACCGGAGAUGCGGAUCAAAUUUGCAAAUGGAACUCAAAUAUGGCAGAACCUCGUGAAACCUGUCUCCAUGACUUUGUAGUACAACAAAUGGCAGCACAUCCGAAAGCUCAAGCUGUCUUUGCCCACGAUGGCGAGUUGACUUACGGGGAUCUAGAUAAGGCCAGCCGUCAGCUGGCUUGCUAUUUGGUCAACAAAGGUGUAGGACCAGAGGUGAUGAUUGGUCUUUGUAUGGAUAAAUCGAAGUGGUCAGUCGUUGCUAUUCUAGGCAUACUUCGGGCUGGCGGAGCGGUCGUUCCGCUAGGCGUGUCGAAUCCCCUGGCUCGUGUUGAGACGAUUCUCAAAGACACGGCCGCCCCCUUCGUCAUCGUUGAUGAAGCACAAGAGAGUCGACUGGAUGUACUCGAAGCAGACACGAAACUCAUCAACAUUAACUCAUUCUUCGACGCGGUUCCAUCAGCAGUGGAAGACAUACUACUCAACGAGCCUUGCACAUCGGUACGGCCUAACAACGUUGCCUGGUGUCAGUUCACAAGUGGAUCGACUGGAACACCAAAGGGCGUUAUCCUUGAACACCGCGCACUUGCAACAAGCAUCUAUGUCCACAGUCAAAGAUUUGGUUUGCAGCCUGGCGAGCGUGUGUUGCAAUUUGCUGCGUUCACUUUUGACGCUGCUAUUUACGAUAUCCUGGCACCUCUUUCCUUUGGUGGUUGCACAUGUAUCCCUUCCGAACAUGAUCGCAUGAACCGACUUGGAUCUUUCAUCUCGGAGGCAAAUGUCACCUUUGCCUUUAUGACACCUGCUGUGGUUUCUCUGCUGCAGCCCAAGGAUGUUCCAACUAUCAAGACCCUGAUUGUAGGUGGUGAGGUCUUUGCAUCAAAGACAAUUGAUCAAUGGAUAGAACAUGCCGACGUCAAGGAGGCGUAUGGACCUACGGAGUGUUCUAUCUACUCGACAUGCAACGACCUCCUGGACAGCUCACAGGUUCGUAAUAUUGGAAAGGCAGUCGCCGCCAGAACGUGGGUCAUCAAUCCAUUCAGCAACGGACAAUUGGUUCCGAUUUCUACACCAGGUGAACUCCUUAUAGAAGGUCCGUUACUAGCUCGGCGUUACUUAAAUGAUCCUGAGAAGACGGCCGCUUCAUUCUUGGUGGAUCCUGCCUUCGUCAAAGAGCUGGGUCUCAGUCCAGGUCGGCGAUUUUAUCGUACUGGCGAUCUUGUGCAGCAAAAUGCAGACGGUACGUUGCAGUAUCUCGACCGUAUUGGCACCCAGGUCAAGAUCAAUGGUCAACGAUUGGAAAUUGGCGAAAUCGAGAGUCAGAUUCUCCUCUUGCUCCCAAACGCAAAAUACGCCUAUGUCUGCAAGCGAGGAUCUUCUCUCAUUGGCGUCAUCGAAGCUGCCUCAUCAACCAACCAUUCCGCUGUUACCGGUUCGCAUUCCAUCGUCACACCUAAUAGAGAGCAACGGAAGAGUUUCGAGUACAUUGAAGCUUCUCUUCGGGAGAGACUGCCCAGUUACAUGAUACCAUCCGCUUUCUUGGUCAUCAAUUCAUUCCCGCUAACUGACAGCGGAAAGCUUGACCGUCGACGAAUCGUCAACUUGUUGGACACUAUACCAUCAGACAAGUGGCUUGAGUACACGGCCAGGUCCCAGAUGUACUACGCACCUGUUGGCAGGAACGAAGAAAUAUUGAGCGAGUUGUGGGCAGCCUGCGUUAAUAUCGAGAAGAAAUCUGUCUCACGCAUGGAUAAUUUCUUCGACCUUGGAGGCGACUCUAUCACAGCCAUGUCACUGGUUCAGCGCCUUGCUAAGCUCGGCUUGAGAAUCCACGUUUCCGAAAUCUUCAAAAACUCUGUACUCUGUGCAAUGGCAGCACGAGUCACUACCGAUACUGAAGAAAAUGGAGAAUAUGAACGCUUCUCUCUUGUAUCAUCGGAAGAGCGAGCAAGUGUUAUUGAAUCCGUACUUGCCGAUGGUUGUAUCGAAGUGGAAUCAGACGUGACUGACAUCUUGCCAACAACCGCCUUCCAGGCCCAGAUAGUCAGGGAAAACAUGUCACCCGCACGCAGGCAGUUGAAUCACUUCGCUUUCGACGCGACCGGACCUUGCGACACGUCUCAUUUGACGUCAGCAAUCAUUCAGCUUGUCACCAAGAUCGAGUCACUCCGUACUGGAUUUGCCAAAACACACGAUCAGAAGUUGCUGCAAGUUGUUUACGCCAAUUUUGAACCAACAGUACGUGUGUUCAAGACCGACAAGAGCCCUGGUGCCUUUUAUGAAGAGACUCCAGAGCGAGACAUGUUCACCGAACCAAGUCUUGCGCGGCCAAUGUUUGAUGUCGCCAUUAUCACUACCAAAACUACUCAGCAGGUUCGCAUUAUAUUCCGCAUGUCACAUGCGCUGUAUGAUGGCGCCACUCUCCAUCAAGUAUGGGCAGCCUUGGAAGCAAUCAUGGCAGGACAGACCAUAGGCAAUCUUGCCCCUGUUGGCCCGUAUUUCCAGAGUCUCCAAGCUCGAACCACAAACGAAACUGGAGAAUAUUGGAGCGAACUUGUCCAAGGAGCCGCCCUUUCAUCCGUCAGUGCACAUGCGGAGCCUCUCGUAUCACGACUCGGUAUCGUUUCUAGCAAACCGAUCAUGUUGCCGAGAAUCAGACAAUUCGACUUCACUCUUGCCGUGGCUGUCAAGACCGCUUGGGCCAUAGUGCUGAGCCACCACGUCACAAGCAAUGAUGUUGUCUUCGCAGAUAUCCUGACAGGGCGAACUAUCGUGCACCCCUCAGUCGCAGAUGUUGUCGCAUGUUGCGCAAGAGCAGUACCAUGCCGGGUUACUUACGAACCGGAGUGGACCGCGAAGAGACUGCUUGAACAAAUCAAACAGCAGCAAGUCAACAGCAUGGCACAUGAAGGUCUCGAGCUCCAGCAGAUUGCUCAACGAUUCAUGGGCUGGUCGGAAGAAGUCGAAUCAGAUGCACCAGACAUGCGAGUCAGCAUGGUGAAUCACACAAAGGCGCAAAAACAGAAUAUGUCACUUGGCUCUACAAUUUACGAACGAGUGGCUGUGGACCUGAGCAAGUCUUACGCAUCUGUUGACUUUGCCAUCGAGUCUGUGGAACAAGAUGAUGGCUCUCUGUCGUUAGGCAUGGCAUAUGCCUCAGAUCGCAUUUCUGAGCAGUUGGCAAGAACACUAUCAGACCGAUUCCAGGCAGUUUUGUUGGAAAUUGUUGAGGAUUCAGAAUGGCUCACUACGCAGAGCAUGGAAGAGACGAAGUUACCAGACGAGGGAGCAGUAUGA